AUGAAAGCAUUAGCAAGACUUGUUCUGGGACUUGUCAUCUUUGAUGCUGCUGUGACUGCUCCAACGUUAGAGCCCAUCAACUAUGACUCAGAAACUUACGAUGCCACCUUGGAAGACCUGGAUGAUUUAUACAACUAUGAAAACAUACCUAUUGGCCAAGCUGAGAUUGAAAUAGCAACAAUGAUGCCUUCAGGGAACAGAGAGCUCCUCACCCCGCCCCCACAGCCAGAGGAGGCUGAAGAGGAAGAAGAGGAGUCCACCCCCAGGCUGAUUGACGGUUUUUCCCCACAGGAACCUGAAUUCACCAGGGUUCUGGGUCCACACGCCAGUGAAGAUUUUCCAACCUGCCUUCUGUGUACCUGUAUAAGUACCACUGUAUACUGUGAUGACCAUGAACUUGAUGCUAUUCCUCCACUGCCCAAGAACACUGCUUAUUUCUAUUCCCGCUUUAACAGAAUUAAAAAGAUCAACAGAAAUGACUUCGCAAGCCUAAGUGAUUUAAGGAAGAUUGAUCUGACAUCAAAUUUAAUAUCUGAAAUUGAUGAAGAUGCAUUCAGAAAGCUGCCUGAACUCAGAGAGCUUAUCCUACGUGACAACAAAAUAAGGCAACUUCCAGAUUUGCCAACCACUUUGACAUUCAUUGAUAUUAGCAACAAUAGACUUGGAAGGAAAGGAAUAAAGCAAGAAGCAUUUAAAGAUAUGUAUGAUCUCCAUCACCUCUACCUCACAGAUAACAACUUGGAUCACAUCCCUCUGCCACUCCCAGAAAACCUACGAGCACUUCAUCUCCAGAAUAACAACAUUCUGGAGAUGCAUGAAGAUACCUUCUGUGAUGUUAAAAAUUUGACUUAUAUUCGUAAGGCACUAGAAGAUAUCCGAUUGGACGGAAACCCUAUCAAUCUCAGCAAAACUCCUCAAGCUUACAUGUGCCUACCUCGUUUGCCUAUUGGGAGUCUUGUCUAA